CGACCUAAGUAAAAUGCUUGGCGUCUUUUAGGUCUACUGUAAUUGCUAAGCGUCUCUGUCAUAGGCUUAAAAAAGUCUCACGAGAUUGAAAAUAAUGACAAGAAACCAGGCCCGUCCCAUUUUUAGAAGUAACGCUUGUAAAUGAGAACUUCAAGGCGGAUAAAUAAGGCGGUUUAUGGGCGUGGUGUACGCAAUCAGAGUCCAGUAGAAAAAUAAAGGAGGCGGGACCUAUGUUUUAGUUUGCCUUUGCCUUGUCGAUCUCACUGCUCUGAAAGUGCCUGUGCGCAGACUCAAUACAUACUUUUCAAAACGAGACGCUUAUGUCGGAGCACUCACAUCAAUACCUCAACAAAGAGUUUGCAACUUCUGGUAAUCCCCCAGAUGAAAGCAAGAACAGUAGUUCAGGUUUUGAACAACCGUCUCAAAUACGAGCCCCGUGAGACAGAAUAAACGCAGCCGCUCGAACGCAAGAGAUUUGAGGAGGAACGUCACCGUACGUAAGGACGCAGUGGCGGCCGCGCAGAUGUCCCUUCACCCGGCUAAGCAACAGCGGCACAAAUUCCUGAAAACGAUGGUGUGAGUCUGGUAGUAAUGGGCGCUGAGUGCAGCCACCUAGCGUGGCCCUGUUACCCUGGCCGAAAUUAGAGGAGAGGCGACAGUUGUGUCCGCAAUGUCCGACCCGAGCUGCUGGAGUGUUGUCCCGGGCGGGAAAGCGCACUUUGUCCCAGGAGCUCUGCUUCAACGUUCCAAGAGCUGUCGAAGCAGCAACAGAAAAAGUCUGGUGGUAGGAACACCUUCACCGACACUGUCGAGACCUCUGUCUCCCCUGUCAGUGCCAACAGCUGGUAGCAGUCCGUUGGACAGCCCCAGGAACUUUUCCACGAGUGCCUCCCUUAACUUUCCCUUUGCUCGCAGUCAUGCUCCUCGAGCUGACAGGGCCGAUGGCCGAAGGUGGUCUCUGGCCUCCUUGCCAUCCUCAGGCUAUGGAACUAAUACUCCAAGUUCUACUGUUUCAUCCUCCUCCUCUUCCCAAGAGAGGCUGCACCAGCUGCCCUACCAACCAACCCCUGAUGAGCUUCACUUCUUGUCCAAGCACUUUCGGAGCACAGAGAGCGUUACUGAUGAGGAUGGGCACCACUCGUCUUCUGUGCGGCCACGUUCUCGCAGCCUCAGCCCUGGGCGGACAAGCGGAUCCUUUGAUAAUGAGAUUGUGAUGAUGAAUCAUGUUUACAAAGAGCGAUUCCCAAAGGCUACAGCACAGAUGGAGGAGCGACUCUUGGAGAUUAUUACCCAGCACUCUCCAGAUAGCACCCUACCUUUGUCAGAUGGGGUUUUGGGCUUUAUCCAGCAUCAGCUGAUUGAGUUAGCACGUGACUGUCUGGACAAAUCCCAUAAGGGCCUAGUCACCUCGCGCUAUUUCUUAGAGCUACAGGAGAAGCUGGAUAAGAUGCUUCAUGAGGCCUUUGAACGUUCUGAGAGUGAAGAGGUACCGGUCAUCACUCAGUUAGUGAGAAAAAUCCUCAUUGUCAUUGCUCGGCCAGCAAGGCUGCUAGAGUGUCUGGAGUUUGACCCAGAGGAAUUCUAUCAUUUACUGGAAGCGGCAGAAGGGCAUGCUAAAGUGGGUCAAGGGAUCAAGACUGACAUUCCCCGCUAUAUCAUAAGCCAGUUGGGACUCACCAAAGACCCCCUGGAAGAAAUGGUACAGCUUGAACACUAUGACUCUGGUAGCACGCUGACACAAGAGAUGGACGAUCCACAGGAGAGUCGGGCCUCCUCCACACCACCAAGAAGAAAACCUAAAGAAAGCGACUUUGAAACGCUCAAGUUGAUUAGCAAUGGCGCGUACGGUGCGGUCUACUUGGUGCGGCACAGGGAAACACGUCAACGGUUUGCUAUGAAGAAGAUCAACAGGCAGAACCUAAUCCUCCGCAACCAAAUCCAGCAAGUUUUUGUUGAGCGGGACAUCUUGACGUUUGCUGAAAAUCCCUUUGUGGUCAGCAUGUUCUGCUCCUUUGAGACUCGUCGUCACCUGUGCAUGGUUAUGGAGUAUGUGGAAGGUGGAGACUGUGCCACACUUCUGAAAAACAUGGGCCCCCUACCAGUGGAUAUGGCCAGGAUGUAUUUUGCAGAGACAGUUUUGGCUCUAGAGUAUUUACACAACUAUGGAAUUGUACACCGUGAUCUGAAGCCUGAUAAUUUGUUAAUUACAUCCAUGGGCCACAUCAAGCUAACUGAUUUUGGGCUUUCGAAAAUUGGCCUGAUGAACAUGACAACUAAUCUGUACGAGGGCCAUGUUGAGAAGGACACACGUGAGUUCAUUGAUAAGCAGGUUUGUGGUACUCCUGAGUACAUUGCUCCAGAGGUGAUUCUGCGUCAAGGUUAUGGAAAACCUGUGGAUUGGUGGGCAAUGGGGAUUAUCCUGUAUGAGUUCCUGGUGGGUUGUGUCCCAUUCUUCGGCGAUACACCUGAAGAACUUUUUGGUCAGGUGGUAAGCGAUGAAAUUGUGUGGCCCGAUGGUGAAGAUGUCCUCCCCACUGAUGCUCAAGACCUCAUCACCUGUUUGCUGAAGCAAAGUCCACUAGAACGCCUUGGGACAGGUGGAGCCUGUGAGGUUCGGCAGCACCCCUUCUUCUCUGGUCUUGACUGGAAUGGACUACUGCGGCAAAAAGCUGAGUUUAUCCCUCAGCUGGAGUCUGAGGAUGAUACCAGUUAUUUUGAUACUCGCUCAGAAAGGUACCACCAUCUGGCCUCUGAGGAUGAUGACGAUGAGACCAAUGAAGAUGAAUCGUCUUUGGAAAUUCGCCAGUUCUCUUCUUGUUCACACCGUUUUAGUAAGGUUUACAGCAGCUCAGAGCACUUGGCAAACCCUUUGAGCCACAGUUCCUCUCCCUCAGAACGUAGCCAUAGUGAGGACAAGUGCGACCGAACGGACAGCCAGGUUUCUCACGGCUUAAGCGAAGACAUGGUGCGGGGACAGGGAAGUGAAAAGCGAUGGAGACCAAGAACCUCUUCAAGCUCUUCACAGCCUGACAGAAGCAACAACACAUUGGUGAAGAGUAGUACCCAUAGCCUGGACACAAUGCCACGCUUUGCCUUCUCCACCGAGGAUGAAGGUGAGGAAAGCAAGCUGGGAGAGGGCCAGAGACCACAGUUCACUCAUGGAGAUGGAGGCAGUGAGGCAGCAGCCUUGCCAGCAGAUAUUGUGAUAUCCAGCAUUCAGCGUAUCCGUCUAAGAAGUAACAGCACCGGGACUAAGCACUCAACACCCAGAGACCCAGUUAGCAGCCGCAGGUUUGGAUACCAGCAGCUAGAUACCCCAGAGAAGCCAAAAUUGUCUCCUAUUGGCAGAGUUCCUAAGUCUGCCUCUGUUUCAGCACUUUCUCUCAUCAUUACCACAGAUGACAUGUCUGGUGCACCUCUAGCUAGUCCUAUUUCUCCACGCUCCUUGUCAUCCAAUCCAUCUUCAAGAGACUCUUCACCCAGCCGUGACCUCUGUUUUGGUAUCAGUAGCCUUCGACCUCCUAUCGUUAUCCACAGUUCUGGCAAGAAGUACGGCUUUACACUGCGUGCCAUCCGGGUCUACAUGGGUGACAGUGAUGUCUAUACUGUGCACCACAUGGUCUGGAGUGUGGAGGAGGGGAGCCCUGCACAUGAAGCUGGCCUAAAGGCAGGCGAUCUUAUCACACAUGUAAACAGUGAGUCCGUCCAGGGGCUCGUUCACACUGAUGUUGUGGAACUGCUGCUGAAGAGCGGUGGUAAAGUUGCUUUACAAACUACUGCAUUAGAGAACACCUCAAUCAAAACUGGGCCAGCUCGGAAAGCCAGCUACAAAGGAAAGAUGGCCAGGCGGAGUCGGAGGACAAGAAAAAAAGACCACCAAGACAGCAAGCGGCGCUCAAUUUUUAAGAAGAUUCCCAAGCAGACCGCUGUACUCCAAACCAGCCGAAGCUUUUCUUCUGGACUUCAGCAUUCAGUUUCUUCCAGCGAGAGUUUGCCAGGGUCACCCACACAUAGCUUGUCCCCAGGACCCUCCACACCUUGUCGUAGCCCAGCCCCAGACUUGCCAUCUGAUCACAGCUCUCCACCCAGCACGUCACCCUGCUCUAGUACACCCAGCUCACCAGCCGGCCAUAUCCGCCCCAACUCUCUACAUGGCUUGGGUGCUAAGUUAAGUGGCCAGCGCUACAAAGUGGGUCGACGCAAAUCCACUAGCAACAUACCCCCAUCCCCUCUGGCUUGCAACCCUUGCCCAUCACCUCAGCCCCCAUCACCCCAAAGAUCGCCUUCUCCUUUGCCCAAUUUCACCAAAAAUUUGCAUUCCUUUCAUGGGAAGACAUUGUCCCCUCCCACAAUCAUACGACACAUAGCUCGCCCUCGCAGUAGUGAACCACCCCGUUCUCCUCUGUUGAAGAGGGUCCAAUCUGCUGAAAAGCUUUCAGCAUCCUACCACUGUGAAAAGCGUGGUUACAGUUCUCACAGGCACACACUUGAGGUUCCCCAUGGAGAUGGUGCUGUGGAGGUGUCUGUAGACUCUGAAGGAGAAAGCCCUAGUGCCUUUGGGGGCUACCAGGGAGACCACUGUCGAGGACUCGGUUACUUAGGGACACAACGAAUGCGUGACUGGACUGGUGGUGACAAGCCAGAAGGCAUUGUAGUCAUGAGGAAAUUGAACCUGUCAGAAAGGAGAGACUCUUUCAAGAAGCAAGAAGCAGUUCAAGAGGUUAGCUUUGAUGACCCUGAUGUGACACCUGUAAGUGGUGAAAAGACAACUAGUGACUCUCAAAAUAAAGUAUGUGGAGUUCUCCCUGUCCCAUACCGGCAACAGUUCAAGGCAUCCUGGAUUGAAAACGAGUCAAACCAGCCAUCAGUCAGGAGGUCACCCUUGGUGCCCCAAAUAGCUGUUCAAGGUUCAGAGGGAGAAGAACAGGGGAAGAAUGUGGUGGAGUGGGAUCAUGAUGGUUUGUACCACUGUCGGGAUGCCAGUGUAGAAAAAGAUGAAACAAAAGGCAGCUUUCAGGAGGAACCGGGAAACCAAGAGCUGCAAGUGACUGCAGCUGCGUGUUGGGAAAUCCCAUCAGCUGUGACAACAAAGGAAAAGGAAGGAAAAAAGCAAGAGUCGUCAUCUUAGAAACAAAGAUGUAAUUAUGGAGAACCAAGGAGCUCUACAAGUGAAGGGACCAUCAAUACUAAAUUGCCAAAAACUUAAAGCACAUAAUGCCAACCUCAACAUAAAAUAAAUUUCUGCAAAGCCCUUUAAAUCAAAAUGAAGGAACGAAAUCUGCCAAAAUGUAACAAUUUUUGCAAAAAGAAAAAUACACACAAAAGACAAACCUUUAUUUUUUAAAAAGAUCAACUAAAAAGUUUUACUCUUUAUAAAAUCCAUACAAAAACCUUUGGCUCCCUGGAGCGUUACGCAGGGAUUUAUUUAUUACUUUUGUAUGUUGGUUAAUAUUUGUAUUUGUGGCAAAAAAAAUCUUGUUUUUUUUUUUUUUUUUUCUUGUUUUUUUGGAUCAGUUCUUCUCAAAGUCCUUUUUAAAUGUUUUUAUAUGUAGCUUGCCUCUGACUGCUCAACAGUCCAUUUUAUUUUAUGUUCUUGGAGGAAUUUUGUGGUACUAAAAAAAAGUUCAACAACCUGUUCGAUUUAGCCUUUGAAAAAUAAUGUUAUGUCCAUUUUCAUUGAAGUUGCCUUCAAAAAAAUUGCAUUCUAAGUCAUGUGUUUAGAAAGAUGACAUUUUCCCCCUUUUCUUCUACAAAUUGCGUCCUUUUGUUGCAUAUUAAUUUUACUGUUGUAUUCAAACUUUAUCUCCAUACUCAUCAGUUGUUUAAAGACAGAUGACAGGAAUAUAGUUUUAAUUUGCAGUUUUCUUUUUUGGUGAAGCCAGUUGGGUGUAGUGGUGACUUUUUAAAAUAAUUUAACUCUGUUCCUCACUAAUUAUUUGCUAUUUAAAAAAUGUGAAAUUGAGAGGAGGUGCAUACUUGUAGAUUUUAGUGAGUUUUAAGUUCCUCUCAGGACUGGACCCAACAGCAUAUAUCCAUUUUCUGUUGACAUCAGGUUUGUCAGGAACUCCAGGGUGUUUUUUUUUUUUUUCUCUCUCAAGUGAAGGUUGCUGGUAAUGCCAGUGGGCUUUGGGCCAGGUUUUUUUUUUUGUUUCAGUUCCAGCAGCAGCUACAAUAGAAUGAGAAGCUCCAUUGAUGUUUGCUUCAUGAGAUUAUUGUGCUGAGUGCACAGGACGGCAGCAGUUUUUAGUUUGAAAAGGAAACAUGAAAUAAAUCAUAACCAGUGUAACAAGCAGGGAUUUGCAACCAGGAAGUCAAAAAAGAAAUAACUAGGAGUCAAUACUGUAACCAAAAUUGUAGUCAAGUAGAAUGGGUGGAAAUUCAAAACCCAAUAAACACAUAUAGUCAAAACUUAAUAUUAAAUUGUAGUCAUAAAGUAGAGCCAGAAUUAAUUACAGUAAAACAACAAAAGAAGAAUCCAAUAAAGGAAAAUUAAGAAUUGCAUGACAUUUAUAUCCUUGACCCCCGGGUAUGUUCUACACCUCCUGAUGACUUUGCCUAGCAGUAUCAUUGUAACUGUCGUCAUCAAACCCUCAAAAUGGCGUUAUGGGAAAUUGUUAAAAAAUAUCAGGCACAAAAGUAAAUGUGAACACUAGUUUCCUUGACAACUUAAACCCCUAAAACAACGUCUUAAUUUUUUGAGAAGAACAAUUUAAUUAAGAACAAAAGCCUGAUCAUGACAGAGAGAAUGACACUCAUGCAUUUAAAGAACAAGAAACCUUCUGUUGCAGCUUAACCUGUAUAUAAACAAAUGUAAAAUACCUACUGGUUACUUGCUUUUACUUGGUAUGCAGAUAAGACAAUUCAUUGAAAAUUGCAUUCUGCUUUUUUUCUUCUUUUAUUGGUGAGGUGUUAAAAUGUUAAUAUGCAUUGAAUUCAUGGCUACCAUCAAGCCUUGCUGAGAAUGCCCCUGGUCUGCAGAAGUGUAUAUUUAAGUUUAUACAAUACCUAUGCUUUCCUCUGAUAUAAUUGCAGUAGCAACUUUAAGCUUUAAUGACAUUUUAUAAGUCUUAAAUGAUCACACUAUCAGUUCGGAUUACCUGAUAACAAAUAGCCGACCCUCUUAAGUGCUUUUAUCCCUCUCCAGAAAUUGCUUGCCAAGCAUGUCCCUCUGCACAUGGACCACUCUCGUUGAGCAAUUCAACAAUGGUUUACAUCCAGCAGUAGCUAUGAGCUAGGUGGCAGUAAGAACUGUGCAUCAUUUAUAAUGUUUGUUUAUAAGGAGAACAACUGGAUCUGCAUGUCAGAAAGUAACCAAAUAAUAUUGGUACAUACAGGAAAAUCCAGAGUAGCUUGCCAGUUCCUUUUCUGUUAAUGUGUCCAAAACAAUGUUGAAUGGAGGCUUAAAAAAUUUUCUGUGUAUUUAUAUCAAUUACACUACGAGGUAACUUUUUUCCAUAUAUGUACAGUUCUUUGAGCAAAAAAGAUAUUUUUCUAACAUAUGUGUGAAAUUUACCUUUUAAGCAGCUUCCUUUUGUUUUCAAACUGAUAUCAAUCUAACAUGUUUUCAUAGCGACUUUUAUAAAGCACUUUAUACUGAUAUAAGAAGUUUAGUAGCCCAUUGAUAUGCAACCAGACUGAGGGUCAAAAAAGUAUAAUGUGGUACAUGUUCAAAUAAAGCAAAAUUUGUAAUUAAGUCUAAAGAACAACAUUCAUGAGUAGCAAGGUGACAUUCGUUGAUGAAACCAUAGCAUGGCAUGGUGGGGUGGGUUGAGAAUUAAUGUUGUAUAAUUUUAAUUUAUUACUUUUGUUUGUUGCUUUAAUUUUUUAUUCAUGGUUGGCAGCAGGAGAACAUCCUGGAAAAUUUGCUUCCAUUGAUUACUUAUUCUUCCAUGUUCCUCUUUUUCACAAAGAAAGUAACAUCAUGUUACAGCAUGUUUACACUUUUUGUCUGGGAAAUUUACCAGCUGGAAAUCUGCAGACUCAUCAGACUGUUACUCUAGAAUUUGUACUGAAAGUCGGCAAUGGAGGGAUAAUUAAAGCAUAUGUUGGACUUUAAUCUUGUCUUUAAAAAGCUUAUCCUCCUUGAUAGGAUUUCAGGUUUUAAGGAGGAAAGUGACUUGAUUGCUGGAUUUCCUGUAAUGUUCCAGAAGCUUUUCAAUGUUGGUGCUGGCCCGCGAUGGCCUACUGGUGGACUCUUUGCUAGCUGCUGCACCUCACCUCUGGGUGCAGGAACCUCUCUGUGAUAUCUGUGCAUUUCUCUGAGAUAACCGGCAAAACCGAAUGUCUCCUUCCUUUCUGUCUUCUCGUUUAAAAUGGAGUGAUGUUUACAUUUGUAAAUGCGCCUGCUUGCUAGCAUUUGCCACUGGAGCAUAACUGUUACCUUUUUAUAUUAAAAACCUCCUCUUUGUAUCUUUUACUUGUAUAUUUUGAUAGGAAUGUUUUGCCAAGUAUUGAAUAUUUGCUGUGCAACUUUUCUUUCCCCCACCCUUUAUAUAACUUUUUUGAAGUCUUAUUUAUUGCUGUUAUGUGUCUCCUCACUUGUGCACCAAAUGCCCUACCCUCAUGCACUGAGAACAAUCUGGACUGCAAAAUUAGGGGUCAACCAUUGGCCAAGCUUCCCUUUAACAAAAAUCAAUCCAUUGACUGAGCCUGCUUAAUCUAAUUUUAGGGUCACCAUGUAUCCACACUUUUUCCAACACCACUUGGCACAAGACGGGAAGCAACCCAGAAUGAAGAUUACACUCGCCUAAGUUCACUUGGGCCAGGUCAGUGUAAAACUAAAGAGAGCGCACAGCAUCUAGACAGCAAACUCAUGAGUGGUACUAUAGCAGUGAUACCUGCCAGGAAGUUCAAGAGCAAAGCCUUCUGGCAUCUUGACAGUGUCUCAAUGCCUUUAGCAAUGUGUUUUUCAUCAGGAGCCUUUCUGUCUGCUUGUUUGAUCACUGUGUUUUUAGGUUGCCAUUGCAGAAACAUUCAUCUGCUAGGCCACACUUCUCAUACCUUGACAGAUGGUGCUGCUUGCCUUGUACUAGAGUUUAUUCCAGGCCUGGCCCUAUAUGGGGGUGCAGUAUUUAUUUUAAUAGGAAUGUCGGAUGGCUGUUCAGCUUGCACAUAUGUGGUGUCAUGAACAGAAGUCUUUGGUUUUUAGGUUCAUUUUUACUGCUAUUUUUAGUGACUUGUAAGUGCUGGGACAAUUCAGGAGCUCUGCACCUAGAUAUGGAUUUAGUGACCUACUCCAAAUUUCUUUUCUGAUUUAAUUACAUAGAGGCGAUAACUCAUUCUGCAUACAGGCGCACUGAGAACAAAACACUUAAGUGCACAGCAUUAUAUGCAAGUUAAUUAAAUCAAAUUGAAUUAGAAAUUCACAAAUGACCUGUUCCAUUUCACUGUCGUCUCUGAAGAACAAUGCAAGACCAGUAGCACACAGAGGGAAUGCUGUGGACUCGUGGGAUGGGGUGUUACAUUCCAAAAAUAAAACCAUGCUGGGGACCAAAAUGCACAAGUGAGGAUUUGGCACGGUUUUUCCAUACAUAAAAAAAAAUAUAUAUAUACGUAUAUAUACAUUUCUCAGUUCUGCUAAAUGUCUGCGUGAGGACUCAAGACAAAUGUCUUCCUAGGGUCUGAAAUGCAGGCCAUUGUUAUACUUGUUUUAACUGCUAACUUUGUCAUGUAAUAAAUUAUUUACAAAUGGA